GGUUUAAGGGGAUUCCCCGAAUUUACGUCCUUCUGAAACCAAAUGAUCGAGGAACGAUCUAUUUCAACACGACGUUCUUUUGCAAUGAAAUCCAUGGUGUACUGAGGGUCCAUGGCUUCGAGAAGGACAGAUGAGAGAGAUGAGAGUCGCCAAGGAGACCAGUAUGUGAGAGCGUGUGGGUUUCCUGAUCGUAUGGAUAGUGGGAUGCACACACAGUCUGGGGCUGCUAGUGCCGCCUCCUCUGGUCACCGCAAUGCUUCCUACGCCAGACCAGGUCACAGAAACUGUGCCUCAACCAGUCACGUGACAGGAGAUAUGAAUGAUGCCAUGCCUGCUCCAGGACAUGUGCUUGGUGGCACAUCGUCUCCAGAACAUGUGCUUCGUGCCACACCUCUUCCGUGCUCAAUGUCCACUCCUGUUCAACACCCAACUUCUCAGGAUGAGAAUCUUGAUAUUCCAGGACGACAUCAGAUUCUCAAGUCAGAGGAACCUAUUUCUGAGGCAACAGCAGCCCUUCAAAAGCUGCAGGAUGCUCCUUCUAUCUCCUCCCUCCCCACACGGGAGGCUGGAGGAGGAGGAACCCCACACCCCCUGAGUAGCACCUCGGAGAGGAAACACAACAUUGGUGUAGCGUCUGCGGGGUGUGAGAGUCUGUCCACGGCUGAGGCCAGGCUACAGCAGCUGAGUCUUGACAGUGGAUCUCUGACUGGCUCCUCCAAACUCCGGGAUGGAAACAACCAGUGCAUCCUUCAGGCUGAUGUAUCCAACACCCUAUCCAACACCCUAUCCAACACCCUAUCCAACCUGGCAACUGGCUUCAACACCAUUGAAGACAAGCAAUUGGAAUCCAAGAUGUUAAAUGUUUCAAUUGAUGAAACUGUCAGCGAACCACUGUCUCGCUCAUCGAUACCGAUUCUCACGUCAUAUGUUGGAAUAACAGAAUCUGAAAUGGAAGAACGGUUAGCAGAUGUGGUGUCGGUCCUCACAACCAAGAAGCAAAACACAUUGUCCAUGUCCAGUAAUGACCUUGGCCUGAGUGGUCAAGGUCGUCAGUGGAGGACAGGUGGCACCAACCUCCCAAAGAAUAUCCCAGACCCGAGAUACAGUAUUUCUCUCAAUGAAGAUCCAAGUCUGACUGCACAAAAAACGGUCACUAAGUCAACCCAGACUGACCCCCCAGCUGGACAGGACCAGGAGGGCUACGGAGGAGCCGCAAGUGCUGAGCUGGGAGUCCAAACAAUGGCAUCUGGCCCUUCGUCCAGUCUGCCUCCAGAGGACAUCCUGGUGCGCAAGUUGAAGCGACCAAUCAUCCAGUGGCUACAGAGGAAGCUGGAGACGCAGAUCGGGGCAGCGUGGCAGGACCUUGUCGAUCUUCAUGACUGGGACUACGACCGAAUCACAGAUUUUGAGAAUCACUGUGCCAGUGCUGGGAAGAGUCCGUUCUGUCUGCUUCUGGCAGAGGCCGAGUUCCAGCUGUAUCGGCUUUGUGAUUUGAAGAAAGAUUUGUUCCGACUUCCACGGAAAGAUGUUCUGCACGACCUUGAUGGUGUAAUGGCCAAGUACUACAAGUGAAUGAUGCGUCAAAAUACCACAAGGAAACAUUAGGCCACAAGGUCAAAAGUCAAACUGUCCCAAAAGUAUCAAAUGUUAUUUCAUGCAGAAACGGCUGAGUGAUGGACAAACCGACAUUUUCAAUAUUGCUGCCGUGGCAUGUUAGGUCAGGUGAGCUAAGAAUUAGGACAUUUUGAAAAUGCAUAUGAAAUGUAUUGAAUAGGGCAUAAAAUGAAUUUCAAAGAUUAAUCUCCAUGCUGCUAAAACAAAGAUUAAUACUGAAACUAUUCAAAGUCUACAAAGAAAGGAGUAGGAUGACUGAGGGUAGUGUUUAACACAACAUCUCCAUCUGUAGAUACACUGUAUCAAGUAUGAUGAGGCAUCAUAUAGACUAGGAUUGACAGCCAACAAAUGUCAUUGUUACUUUUGUCUCUUAAAAUUUUCAGAUGAACUGAAUAACUAUAAUAAUGGAUCAGUCAGUUUGUCUGAUAAAAUGUAAAUAAAUUAAUAAUGAAAAUAUUACGUAAAACUAUGUUAAUACACACACGCACGCACGCACGCACGCAUGCACGCACGCACGCACGCACGCAUGCACACACGCACAUAUGCUGUAUAGUUAACCAACACAUGGAGAUCAGCAGCCAUCAAUACUGGAUAAGUUGUUGCAGUAAGAUGUGUCCAAGUAGUCUUGAGGUUCUGGUUUAAUGGUGGUCAUAUCGCAAUAGGACAAGGACCCCUAACAAAUGAAGGGCCCAAAGACAGAAGAAUAUUCAAAAUGUUGGUUGAGUUUAUUUGAGG